CAGUAACCGCGCCGCCGCUGUGAACAGCCGCUGCUGCUAGGGUUUUGUUUAGCCGCCGCUGCUAGGGUUCCGAAUAGCCGCUGCCAAGGUUAGUUCGUUAUUGGUUUUUUCAAUCUCAGAUCAGUUUUUCAGCCGUGUAUGGAAACAAUGGCAGAUGAAAAGAUAAAGAUUGAAAAGUUUGAUGGAAGUGAUUUUGGGUUUUGGAAGAUGCAAAUCGAGGAUGUUCUUUAUCAGAAAGACUUAUACCAAACGUUAUCGGGAGAAAAGCCAGAAAAGAUGAGUGAUGCAGAUUGGGCGAUUUUGGACAGGAAAGCUUUGGGAGUGGUUAGGUUGUCAUUGGCGAAGAGUGUUGCUUUCAACAUAGUCAAUGAAACGACUACGCAUGGGUUAAUGAAAGCUUUGUCGAAUAUGUACGAGAAACCCUCAGCAUUGAACAAGGUGUUUUUGAUCAGACAGUUGGUUAACACCAGAAUGAGGGAGGGUGCUUCAGUUACCAUUCACAUCAACCAGUUUAAUUCGGUCAUAACUCGGUUAGGAUCAGUUGGAAUUAAGUUUGAUGAUGAACUUCAGGCGUUGCUGCUUUUAUCUUCUUUGCCUGACAGUUGGUCUGGAACAGUGACUGCAGUUAGUAGUGCAUCUGGUACUACUAAGUUUACUUUUGAAGGAAUUCGGGACUUGAUUCUAGGUGAAGACAUCAGACGCAGAAGUUCAGGGGAUUCUUCGAGUGCACUGUUGAGUACUGAAGGCAGAGGAAGAAGGAAUGAAAGAGGAAGCAACCGUGGUAGAGGCAAGAGUCAGUCCAAGCAUCGAGAAGGAAUUGUCUGUUGGGAUUGCAAACAGACGGGACAUUUUAGAAGUCAGUGUCCGAAUGGUAAAAAGGAAGUGAAUACUACAGAAAGCUGCUCAGACAAUAGUGAUGAUGCGUUAAUCUGUAGCGUAGAGAGUAGUAUAGAUUCCUGGGUGAUGGAUUCUGAAGCCAAGAGAGUGAUAGAUGUGUCACACUCGGAGCUAGCAGAGAAAGAGAACGAGUCACGGGUUGUGACGGAUGAGUUGAAGCUCAGUGGGAGCUUCAACGGGCCUUCAGAUAAUUGAAGAGAAGGCCGCUGCAACUAGUGGAAAAUGAGGAUUACAAGAGUUACAGAUGAUGAAGACUAAGGAGCGUUGUUCGAGCCUCCAAGUGGGAGAUUGUUGGGCGAAUUGAGUGUGGAGGCUCGACCAAGAAGGGUAGCCGGCCCUAGUCUUGGUUCGACCCAUAUGGCACUAUGGCAGUAAAUUAGGUUUUUAAUU